AUGUAUGUGACAAGGCCUCUUUCUCAGUACCUGAAGUUUCCUGAUUCUCUUUCUUUAUCCCCAGAAGGACCCAAUUCAGGUUGCUUGGUACUCCAAGAUGAAGAAGCUGAGGCUCAUUUGGGAUUGUGCAAGAAGAACAGUUACCUUGCAGACCUACCUUUCCCUCAGAACAAAGAGUUGACCAUAUAUUUUGAAGAUCAUUAUUAUUCUUAUGUUGCUUUCAUUCCAGUUCUUGAUCAGCCAUUGUCUUCCAAUCUUUAUUACGCGAUAAAGCCACACGGAUCGAAUAGAGGGGAAGCAUACACUUGUUCAAGGGAGGAAGACAUGGCCACUAGCUGUUUUUGCCACUGCAUCCGAGAUAUGAAACCAAAGCCAUUGGAUCCACUUGACAUUUAUCAGCAAUUUGAGAUUGCUAAGUAUGGAACAAGUAGCAAUGCCAUGGGUGAGUUUUAUGCCAUGUCUGUAGCACCUGAUGGUUUCCCUCCAUACUUCUUGAGGACAAAAGGAUGGCGAAUUCAAGGUGAAACACCAAAAAACUACGAACUAGGCGAAGCUCUGGGCCUUAACGCUACCCUCCGUGCACAACUUCCAGAGUUUACCUUCCCAUUAAACUAUAAGAGGUCUGAAGCUGUCAUUGUGGGGAAGUGGUAUUGUCCUCAAAUUUUUAUCAAAGAUGGAACAUUGAGAGAUCAGAGGAAACAAUCAAUGUUUUAUGAGAUGACACUGGAACAAAGAUGGGAGAAGAUUUUCACUAGUGGGAAUAAAUUGAGUGAAGGAAACACUGUUUUUGUUGAUGUUGUUGUUCAAAGAGAAGUUGUCUAUGUUGUUGACAGGGAAGCUGAAUGGAAUGAGAGAGACGUGGUUGAUGGGGCGAUAUGGUUUACGAGUUUUGGCAAUGUGAGAGAAGGAAAGAGUGUGGGAUUGAGGUUAGAAAUUGUUGAAAGAAUGAAAUGGGAGGAAGAAAGAGGUGGGUGGAUUGGUGGGGAGGAUAGAGAAGAAAGGGUGAAGAGAGUGGAGGAGUUUGGAGGGAGUGGGCAGUGGAGGAAAUUUGGAUGUUAUGUGUUGGUCGAGAGGUUUGUGUUGAAAAGAAUGGACGGAAGCUUGGUGAUGACUUAUGAUUUCAAGAACACUCAUCAGAUCAAGAUCAAAUGGGAGUGA